AUGUAUUUCACUACUUUGAACUCGCUUGUCCUCCUCGCCCUCAGCAUCCAGAGCGCCUCCGCCGACUUGCCCAAUGGUAUUACCGCCAUGUACAGCAUCUUUGACCAUGUGGGCUGCGAUAUCCAGAGCCAUGGAAUGGUCGUCGUCCCGGAUGAAAAUGUCGAGGAGUGCCAGAAUUUCAUGUACCCGACCAUAUCGGUGGAUAUCCAUGAACUUCAGGAAGGUUGCGCAGUAAACUUGUAUCGGUAUGCCGACUGUGGAGGUCCGGCUAUGCCAGUCGAUGAGGCUGGGUGCUUCAACCAUGAAGCCGUCCUCAUGUCGUCAAGAAUGGCUUGUUAG